GAUUUGGAUAGCGCGGCGCAGAGAAAAAUGGCGGCUUCGGCUCUCCACCUCCACCGCCGGCGGGUGUGAAGCUUCAGCAGAGGCAGCUGCGCUCGCGGCAGGGUGGCCUAUCUCGAAGACUUUUGAAAGUUGUGUCCUAUUACAGUCUCACAACUCCACCAUAUAAACUGGAUGCUCUGGAACCUUACAUGAGCAAGAGGACAGUUGAACUUCACUGGGGUAAGCACCAUCAAGAUUACGUGGAUGGCUUGAAUAAGCAGCUGGCUACCAGCCCUCUGUAUGGAUAUACGCUGGAGGAUCUGAUAAAAGAAGCCUACAACAAUGGCAAUCCAUUACCAGAAUAUAACAAUGCAGCACAGGUCUGGAACCAUCACUUCUUCUGGGAAUCGAUGCAACCAGAAGGUGGUGGCUUACCUGAGGGAGGUGUGCUGCAGCAGAUUGAAAAGGAUUUUGGCUCGUUUACUAAUUUUAGGGAAGAGUUUAUCCGCUCAGCCUUACAACUAUUGGGGUCUGGUUGGGUUUGGCUUGUCUUGAAGAGAAAUGAGACAAAGCUUUCAGUGGUUCAUACACAAAAUGCUAUCUUCCCACUUGCUUUUGGUGAUAUCCCAAUCAUCAACCUAGACUUAUGCAUGCUUACUACUUAGACUACAAGGAUGAUAGGCUAACAUAUGUUACAAACUUUAUGGGCCAUCUCAUCUCUUGGCAUACUAUCACUCUACGCAUGAUGCGUGCAGAGUCUUUUGUGAACCUUGGUGAGCCUAAUAUUCCGGUGGCAUGAGCUACAGAUACACCCUAGUUAUCAUCAUGAGGCAUCCUUUGGAUACGUCGGGUCAAAUCCUGCUGGAGGAACCAGAGACAUGCUUAUCACUCGAAUGCCAUACACGCAAAGAUAAGCUGCAUGCUUGAUUUUCACCACUGCCCUUGGAUAUUGCUACAGGGAAACCACUAGUCAGCAUCCAAUCUGAAGAUGUGCAGCAAUGCAGCUUUAGAAGCUCUGGGAGCUGGUAGGUAGCGAUCCAACUUGGGCUUCGAAGCCAUGGCGCUUUCGCUAGAUGGCUAUGCCCGUGGCACGAUCUGGAGCAGCAGACCAGACGCUACUGGUGACAGAUGAUUCAGACAUGAAAAGAUUAAAUUGUGCCCGGCCCUAUGACACUCGAACAGGGUUCCCCAGGACCCUGAAUUCUGCUGUCAUCACAGACAAAACGAAGGACACGAAGAAUAGAUUGUGUCGGAUCGGUAGCAGCAGUGACAGGUAAACUACGCGAACGAAUGCCUUGUGUUUGGAAUCGGAAAUCGGGUGAUAACAAUAGCAAUGACAAAAGGGUGUGGUGGUUCAACUGAAAUCAUGGCGCUACGACAUGCAUGCUUUAUUAGGUUUGCCACAACCAGACUAAAAGGAGACAGGCUACUGAAACUGAAUCAUCAUCAUCAUCAUCAUCGUCACUAGGGUAAGGUAGAAGUGGCGGAGGCGAUCUCCAUCUGCGUCUCGAUCGUCCUCUGAGCUGGAGCCGGGCUAGUCGCAGCAGCAGCAGAGGCAGUCGAGGCAGCACUCGCAGGUCUCGUAGCAGCAGAAGCAGCACAGCGCCGUGAAGAUGCUGCCACACCACACACGUACGGGUUGAGCAACACAGCAGGAGUUAGUUCGGCAGAAAGAAAAGAAAAGAAGUGUAGGCAUCUGAUGGAGUUCUGUCUGAGACGCACGGAGCCCUGACUCACCAGGCAUAGAGGCAGCCCUUCUCCUCGUGCCUCUUCUGGCAGUGCUCGUAGUAGGACAUGUCCU